AUGCCAGAGACCAUGGAGAUCAGUGACGCCGCGAAGUCUGGGGACGGAACUACGACCAACGUUGGCAUCAAGAUGACGGGCACCUUCCAGUGCCCGGAGUGCCGUCAGAAGUUCGACUCUGAGAAGGCGAAGCAGCUGCACUGGAAGUUCAUCCAUGACCCGAACAGGUCCCGAAUCGUUGCCGAGCUGUCGCUUGUGUCGACGUUGUCAUCGUGA